AAACCAAAGAUGCCGUAAAUACUUUGAAGAAAUAUCUUCGCGGGUUGUGCUCCUACCACUUUUUCGAUCGCGAGUCUUAAUUAGUAUAUGUUGGACCCCUAUUAAAGCUCCAAUCCCGAAGUCCUAGAAGAAGAAAAAUCGGUGAUUCCCCGAUGCGAUGUCUCUCGCUCAGCAUGUUACCGCAAACGAGGGCAUCGAUCGCGUGCCCCCAGAACAUGAAGAACACGGAGAGGAAGAGGUUCUAUGGCGCACCCUGAGUUACGAUGCCUUCGGCCACGGCGACCAUGCUGCCCCUAUUGUCUCUCAAGAGUCUACCUUACCUAAUACUGCUGCUUACAAGGUCUCUGCCGCAAAGAGAGCAGCCCAAGUCGCAUUCGCCAUCGUAGCAUGCUGGUUCGCUGCCGGCAUCGUAUACGGCUUCGCAUCACUCAAACCUAUAUUAAUCGAGGAGGGCGUAUACGAAGACCUUUGCCCUCGAGACGGCCGCGAUGAAAGCAGCACCGGCGACGGCAGCGAGAAGGUGCCUUGCGCGGCGCAGGAUAUGCGCCUAAAUCUGUUCUUCAUCGCCGCCUCUAUCACGACCAAUGUCUCGUCCCUAGUCGCCGGAUGGGUCCUCGACCGCUACGGGCGUCGUCUAUGCUAUGUUAUCUCGGGCAUAUUGAUGAUCGCGGGGUGUGUGCUGAUGGGACUCGCGUUCCAGAUCCCCGAGUUUGACGGGUACUUGGUGGCCAACGUAUUGCUAAGUCUAGGCGGGACAUUCGUUUUCGUCUCUAGCUUCCAGCUCGCGAAUGCGUUCCCGCGAUACUCAGGCAUUAUCGUCGCGCUAGUGACGGGCGCCUUCGACGGCUCCGCUGCUAUAUUCUUAUUCUACCGGCUCGCGUGGGAGUCGUCGGGCCGCACCCUUACGCCUACGCGUUUCUUCUUCGGGUACACGAUCGUGGGCGUCCUACUUCUUCUUGGAGAGUUUGCGCUCAUGCCUCCGCGGGCAUACCACUCGACGCCUGAGCUUGAGCGCAAGAUCGAGAAAGUGCAGGAUGCAGCACGCGACGUGCACGACUCAGAUGACGACCUUGAAAGCCCAGACGAAAUCCAGCGCGUAAGAAGCGCACGUACCGGGCAGCGUCUUUCCAAGCUCGAGCAGAUCGAGGAGUUAGUGGGCGACGAGACGGAGCGCGGGGACCGCGUGCAGGCCGAAGAGGAGCGGCAGGCAGCCAGUGGUGUCUGGGGUAUACUGCACGGCCUACCAGCGCACCGGCAGAUGAUGACAAUGUGGUUUAUACUGCUCCUGCUACUCACAGUAUUACAGAUGCUGCGCAUGAACUAUUUCAUUGCUACCAUCCGCGCCCAGUACCGGUACUUACUGGGAUCAGAACGGCUCGCCGAGCGUAUCAACCACUUCUUCGACGUUGCACUACCCGUAGGUGGUGUCUUUGCUACGCCGUUUAUCGGAAUAUUGCUUAACAACCUAAGCGUAGCAAUGGCAUCAGCCGUGCUAACUUUCUUCAUCGUGGUAAUUGGGGUACUCAACUGUAUCCCCCAGCUAUGGGCCGGGUACGCGACAGUAGUGACCUUCGUUUUAUUCCGGCCGCUAUACUACAGCGCAGUCAGCGACUUCGCCACUAAGAUAUUUGGCUUCGCAACCUUUGGCCGCAUCUACGGCACCAUUACUUGCUUGUCGGGUCUCGUUAACUUCGUACAAUCAGGGCUCGACGUGCUGACGCACGGCCCGCUACAGGGUGAUCCGACGCCAAUCAACGCCGCCAUGGCGGCAGGCGGCACGAUCCUUGGCGCGACACUGACUGCUUACGUCGUCAUCCAGGGCCGGUCCUUCAGGCGAAAGUUACAGCAGAGUGAAGCCGCCGGGAUGGUCCAGGAGAGGCUUCAUCUAAUCAGGGAAGAGAGGGAAGCGGAAGAAGGAAGCUACGGUACAAUGAAUUAGUUAGUAGUUUAUAAUAAAGAGGACCCAACCUCGCAAUACCUCGAAAAUGAAAAGCGAUGAUUAGGUAAAUGUAUAAAAUUCCGUACCAUAGACCAAAGGAAUAAAGACCUUGGGUUAGAUAUAAAAGAAAUAUAUACAUAUAACCAAGACGCCAGAGGGUAACAUAGAUAAAUAUCUAGACUGGAUCUGAUCUUAAGCAGUGUGGUUAAGAAUCGAUACUGAGUAAAUAAUACAACAUAAUUUUGUGUUCUCUUUCCUUUGCAGCGUUUUUAUCUUUUAUCUAAGACUCAGCUGGCACAUCUGCUC